AUGACCGCGCCCAGGCAGAGGCUACCGGUCGCAACUACGGCCUGGCAGUCCCCCGUCUCCGCCUACAUGCGCUACCUCGAAAGCUCCCUCCUCAGCUCCGACACCUCCCGCCACCCCCGCCCGCCGCUUCCCUCCCCAGGGCUGCUCCCUUCCCCGCGCCCUCCCUUCCCCUUCCCUUCCCCUUCCCCCCCAGGGCUCCAUAAUUCGGCCUCGCUUCCGCCCCUUACUCCGCCGUCCGCUUUCCCUUCUCCGACCGCGUUUUUGGAUCUGCUCUCGCCCAGAUCUCCUUACCCCCUGCUUUCGCCGGGGUUCCCCUACCCUACGCCGUUGACUCCCAACUUUGCCCUCUCGUCGUUGCCUCAACCAGGAAUUUUGGGGGCCGGGCCGUCACCCCGGCUGCAGCCGCCACCUUCCCCCGGGCUCUGGUUCCCUCAAUCGCCGUCAGGGUUCUUGCCCAUACUGAGCCCUAGAUGGAGGGAUAUGUUAUAAAUUAAUGAUCGUUGUGCGAAGCCCAGACUCUACUCCUGUGUCAAACCUUGCGAAUUUUAACAUUCUCAAAAUUGGUUUCAUCUAUUGGUCUGACCAAAAUCUGAAGCACAAUACUGAAGAUGAUGAUGAAGACAACUGCUGGCUUACGGAAUUCCUCUGGAGAUAUUGGUGGUAUUGACUCGGGAGUUCAAGAUCCAAGUGUGGCUGGCAUUAGGUAGGUGAAGUGCAGUAUAUUUAAGUUUCUUGUUGUUACUAUACACUUCUCUUGCAAAAUAUGGGU